GCUGCAGCUUGUUGAGCAAGUAAGGUGAAACCCUGGAGUGCCCUUGUUGUUUCAGUAUCUGGCAGAAUUUGCAAAGUUCUCACUCAUCUUGGAUGAAACGGGACUUUGGAUUGCCACCCAAGCAAGUACUAAUAUAUUCUUUCUUCACAGAGUCACUCUACCACCAGUCAAGAGAGAAGAAAAGGAUUUUAGAAAAUGACCCACGUUAGAAAGAAGUUUAUUGAAAUUCUGGAAAAGGCAAUAGAAGAUGGUAGAAAAAUGACUCGAGAAGAGAUGCUGUUUACAUAUGACGGAGUCGUGUACCCUACAGCUCUUUGCUCUCCAGAAGUCUUCAAGGCUCUUGAGUCUUUUGAAGCAUGGAGUGACGAUGUGAUUCUAGCGGGAUACUGCAAAUCUGGUACCAAUUGGGUUGGCCAGAUUGUUACUGAUUUAGUAAUAACGUCUGCAAAGAAACAUGAACCGCACAAGCUGAAUGAAAAACUACUACUAGCGGAAUUUCCUUUUCUUGAAAUUGGAGAUACUGAAAAGUAUCAGAGGAUGAACACCUAUCCACCCAGGAGAGUGAUGUUUACUCAUCUCCGCCCUGAUAAGCUUCCAGUAUCUGUUUUCAAGAACAAAGCCAAAAUACUGAUGCUGAUUCGGAACCCAAAAGACGUGGCUGCAUCUUUUUUCCAUUUUUCAAACACCUUCAGUCCAUAUCCCCCUUAUGAUACAUUUGAUUCAUAUUUCCGAGCCUUAAUGGAAGGACAAAUGCCUUGGGGAUCCUAUAUUGAAUAUCUUUGUGUGUGGAACAAGUACGUUGAUAAAGAAAAUGUCAUGCCAAUAACCUACGAAGAGCUGAAAGCGAACACAGCUUUAGGGGCUGAAAAGAUAUCUAAAUUCUUUGAACUGAACCUCAGCGAGGAAGACUUCCGCGCUGUUGCAGAAAGGAGCACUUUCAAGUCUAUGAAAGAGAACUCCAAAACAACCCAUGGAGAUUUUGGCAAUGUUCUUUUUCGGAAAGGUGGUGUAAGUGACUGGAAGACACUUUUUAAUGAAAGCAACAACAAGGAAAUGGACUCAGUAUUUAAAGAGCGUCUAGCAGGAACCAAGGUGGGAUCCAUGAUUAAGUACGACGUCUACUGCAAGGCAUAAAGACAGAGGAAGAGAUGUAGCUGCUUGGAGUGAAUUCAUAAAUGAUCCCACUUUGUCUCAAAGGAUAGCAAGAGAUCCAUCUUUGUGGAAUGAAUUUGUAAUCAACUGUACUUUGUCUUCGUGUGAAACAGAAAUUGUAUCAGAUUCAAGUCUGGGUAAACGACAAAGAAAUAUACUGAUAUUGUAAUCAA